GUUUGGUAUAAUUUGGGGAUUGCAAGUGGAACCCGCCGCCCUGUGAUCUGCGGGGGGGCUCAUCUGGGCAGGGCCAGUCCCGCCCUUGCUGGUGGCGAGAACCUGGUGCCCACAGACCCUUGAGAAGCUGUGGGGUUGGUAGCAAGCGAAAAAUAUCUUGUCCCUCUAUUUGUAGUCGUUUUGUUGAAUCCCCUAACCAGCUGUCCGUUCACAGCUCUCUGAGCCAGCCAGUUGCCCUGGUGUGGCCCGGUCCAAAGCCUCUGCAGUCAUGUGCCUGUUACAGGCAGAGAGUCUGACGUUCUUGACCAGGUUCACACGGUCCUGAGGCAGGAUCACAGGGGGCUGGGGAGCUUUGCUGGUCCCUUAGCUUUUGCUUGUCUCCGCGGGAUCUAGAGUCGGGGACAGGAGCUCUUGCCUGAGCAGGGCACGGCCAGUGACAGAACGGGUACUCCCGAGCUCUUUAAGUACCUGGCAUCCUGGAAGGUCAUGGGUCAGGAUUUGGGGACCCGGGCUCUCGCCCCGGCCCAGAACUGGCAUGUUGCAGGCUUGCUCCAUUCUUCGUACGGCCAUAAACGGACGGUGGCAGCUGCCCUGGUGACUGGCCUACGCUUCGUCUGGACCCAUAUCGUCCCCCCGGCUGUGGAGUGAGGAGGAGGUCCGCAUGAGCCCCGCGGGAAGGACCCCACCAGCCUGUACUGGGACACGCCAGGUCACGGGCGGGCCCUGACCCGAAGGACCACGGAGCUGGAGGCGGAGGGUGGAGCCGUCGGGACGCCCAGGCCGAUGGGGGAGGCGGCCACGGCCUCGGCGGGACGCGGGCGGAUGACCCGGGGCGUCCGGCAGUGAGGGAGCACGCCCGCUGCGCCACCAUGCCGGCUGGGACGGCACGCCCCUGAGAACGCAGGCAGCCUCCCCCCCGCCCCCCCAGGGGCCGGCACCCAGCCUCCCACCCAGUCCCCCCCCACCCCCAACUCCGGCAGGCCGAGCGGGGGCUCCCGCGGCGGCGGUCCCCAUGGCCGGGUGCCGGUGGGGCGCGCUGUGGGCGUGCGUGGCGGCCGCCACCCUGCUGCACGCGGGCGGGCUGGCCCACGGCGACUGCUGGCUGAUCGAGGGCGACAAGGGCUUCGUGUGGCUGGCCAUCUGCAGCCAGAACCAGCCGCCGUACGAGGCCAUCCCGCAGCAGAUCAACAACACCAUCGUGGACCUGCGGCUGAACGAGAACCGCAUCCGCAGCGUGCAGUACGCCUCGCUGAGCCGCUUCGGCAACCUCACGUACCUCAACCUCACCAAGAACGAGAUCGCCUACAUCGAGGACGGCGCCUUCUCGGGCCAGUUCAACCUGCAGGUGCUGCAGCUCGGCUACAACCGCCUGCGCAACCUGACGGAGGGCGUGCUGCGCGGCCUGGGCAAGCUCGAGUACCUGUACCUGCAGGCCAACCUCAUCGAGGUGGUCACGCCCAGCGCCUUCUGGGAGUGCCCCAACAUCGUCAACCUCGACCUGUCCAUGAACCGCAUCCAGCGGCUCCACGGCGCCACCUUCGCGGGCCUGGCCAAGCUGUCCGUGUGCGAGCUGUACAGCAACCCCUUCUACUGCUCGUGCGAGCUCCUGGGCUUCCUGCGCUGGCUGGCGGCCUUCACCAACGCCACGCACGCCUACGACCGCAUGCAGUGCGAGUCGCCACCGCUCUACUCCGGCUACUUCCUCCUGGGCCGGGGCCGCCACGGCCACCGCAGCAUCCUCGGCAAGCUGCAGUCCGUGUGCACCGACCGCUCCUACGUGGCCGAGCCCCAGCCGCCGCCGCCCGGCCGCUCCCCGCCCCCGCCGCCGCCCCCGCCGCCCCCGGAGCCCAGCGAGGCCCCGUGCGCCGACGACGAGUGCUUCUCCGGCGACGGCACCACGCCGCUGGUGGCCCUGCCCACGCUGGCGCCCCAGGCCGAGGGCCGGCCCCUCAUGAAGGUCAAGCAGCUGACGCAGAACUCGGCCACCAUCACGGUGCAGCUGCCCAGCCCGUUCACCCGCAUGUACACGCUGGAGCACUUCAACAACAGCCGCUCGUCCACCGUGUCCAGGCUGACCAAGCCCCGGGAGGAGAUCCGCCUCACCAACCUGUACACGCUCACCAACUACACCUACUGCGUGGUGUCCACCAGCUCCGGGCUGCACCACAACCACACCUGCCUCACCAUCUGCCUGCCCAGGCCGCCCAGCCCGCCGGGCCCCGUGCCCAGCCCGUCCACGGCCACGCACUACAUCAUGACCAUCCUGGGCUGCCUGUUCGGCAUGGUGCUGGUGCUCGGCGCCGUCUACUACUGCCUGCGCAGGCGGAGGCGGCAGGAGGAGAAGCACAAGAAGGCGGCCGCGGCCGGCGGCCUCAAGAAGACCAUCAUCGAGCUCAAGUACGGGCCCGAGAUGGAGGCGCCCGGCCUGGCCCCGCUGUCCCAGGGCCCGCUGCUGGGCCCCGAGGCCGUGACCCGCAUCCCCUACCUGCCGGCGGCCGCCAGCGAGGUGGAGCAGUACGAGCUGGCGGAGGGCGGCGGCACGCCCAAGGCCGGCAAGGGCAACUACAUGGAGGUGCGCGCGGGCGAGCAGGCCGAGCGCAGGGACGGCGAGCUGGGCCGGCCCGGCCCCGACAGCCAGAGCUCCGUGGCCGAGAUCUCCACCAUCGCCAAGGAGGUGGACAAGGUCAACCAGAUCAUCAACAACUGCAUCGACGCGCUCAAGUCCGAGGCCACCUCCUUCCAGGGCGGCAAGUCCGGGGCCGCGUCCGCCGCCGAGCCGCAGCUGAUGCUGCUGUCCGAGCCCCUGGCCGCCAAGCACGGCUUCCUGUCCCCCGUCUACAAGGACGCCUUCGGCCACGGCCUGCAGCGGCACCACAGCGUGGAGGCGGCCACCGGGCCCCCGCGCGCCGGCCCCUCGUCCGGCGGCUCCGCGCGCAGCCCGCGGGCCUUCCGCGCCGAGGCCCCCGGCGGGCACAAGGCCGCGGCCGCCGAGGCCAAGUACAUCGAGAAGAGCUCCCCCGCGCCCGACACCAUCCUCACUGUGACGCCCGCGGCCGCCGUGCUGCGGGCCGAGGCCGAGAAGGGCCGCCACUACGGCGAGCACCGGCACUCGUACCCCGGCUCCCACCCCGCCGAGCCGCCCGCGCCCCCCGCGCCCCCGCCCCACGAGAGCCUGGGCGGCCGCAAGGCGUCCAUCCUGGAGCCGCUGACCCGGCCGCGGCCCCGCGACCUGGCCUACUCGCAGCUGUCCCCGCAGUACCACAACCUGAGCUACUCCUCCAGCCCCGAGUACGCCUGCAGGGCCUCCCAGAGCAUCUGGGAGCGCUUCAGACUCAGCCGCCGGCGCCACAAGGACCACGAGGAGUUCGUGGCGGCCGGCCACGCCCUGCGCAAGAAGGUUCAGUUCGCCAAAGACGAGGAUCUACACGACAUCCUGGACUACUGGAAGGGCGUGUCGGCCCAGCACAAGUCCUGAGCCCGCGGCCGCGCCCGCCCCGCCCCCACCCCGAAACGCGCGACGCCCAGGGGACCAAAAAGGACACAGGACCCACCGCGGCCAUUUGUAACCCAGAGACUGCCACGAAACGCCACACACGCGCGCGCACACACAGACGCACACGAGGGACCUCCGAAAACUGUGUCUGGGCGUGGGGGUGGGGGAGGGGAAUCUUUUUUCAUUAUCUUUCCUCUUGGAUUCUUCUCUGCCGCCUUUAUCUUCCUCUCUGUCUUUAUUUUCUUCCUUUUUUAAGAAAAAAUAAUAAAAGUAAAGUUCUCUUAAAAAGACAUAAAACACCAGACGUGGGGGUGUGGCCGGCGUGGCCUCCCGGCUCCCCCCCCCCCCCCCCCACGAUUGCCUCUGUCUGUGGUUUGCUGUGCAUCUCUCCUCGGUCUGUCUCUUGGCUGCUGACUCCGGAGGCCACCAGAGAGAGGCAGAGCCAACGCAGGCGGCCGGGUGGCCUCCAGGACCCCCGCCCGGAGCCCUGCCGGGGAGGCUGUGGGGAGGGCCUUGCCCCGGGACGGCUGUCGGGGGUGGCUGGAAGGGGCGUGGCCCACGAGCAUGUGCUCCGGCCUGUCCCCCCUGUAUGCUGUCAUCCCGUUGUUCAGAAAAAUAUUUCUAUAUUUGCAAUGUUUGCUGUAAAUCGAGAAAGAGACUAUAUCUACUAAAAAAAAAAAAUUCUACAAAGGGAAAACCCAAAUACUUGUACUGGGUUUUUACUAUGGGACUUAGGGAGGGAUCUGGGUUUUUUUUUUAAUGUUCUAUGUAGGGUGGUUUUAUCGGGUUGGGUUGGGGCUGGGGUUAUUUACAGGUAGGGUCACCACGGAGCCCUCUUCCCGGGACAGCAGGAGCGGGCUGUCGUGAGCAUGGGUGGGGGGCUCACACGAACCCUGGGAGAGGUGAGCAGUCCACCGCGGGCUGGGGGACGUGCAGAGGCGGGUGAACGGUGGCUUGUGUCUGGUGCGUGCACCCGAGUGCGCACAGGCCGCAAGCCGCGUGGGUGUGAGUGGGCAGCCAGGGACGGGGGCCUGUGUGGGUUUGCGGGUGAGUCAGAGUCGAGGCGAGCCAGCCUCGGAGCCCCGCAGCCGGACGCACGGACGGGUACCUUGCUCACCCCGCUGUGCUCCCACAUUCGGAGCCAGGGAGCACUUUGCAUGUGUGAACCACGCGGUUCGCAUUCUCCAGACAAGACUGGGUCCUGACGCCCCGCCCCCAGAAAGCCCCUCCCCGUGGCUGGUGCCAGUAUCCUUACCACCAGGUCGCAGGCUCCCCCUUGCCACAUCUGGGCCCUUGCGCCCAGCACCAGCCGGGGUCCAGCAAAGCCACCUUCUCCCAGGGGAGCCAGGGGGGGGGGGGGCCCGGGGCGCUGCAGGGAAGGGGCGUCUCGCUCUGGCCCCUCCCUCCCUCUCACAGCCCCGGGGCCGGUCCUCCUGCACACGCACGCACGCACGUGUCCCCACCACCGCUGGCCUGCCACCCCAGGCCCUCCUCCCUACGGCCCACACCCUACUCCCGGGGCAAGCCUGUUCCCCGUCUGUAUUUCUGACAAAGACCCAGUAAGACACUGGCGGGGGCGGGGGAGGUGCUGGGACUGGAUCCCAGAGAGCAGAGUGACGGAGGCAGGUUUUCGGGAUCCGGCAGGUCAGCGGGAAAGGACUCAGGGCUGGGCACAGCCCUAAGACCAGUAGCCUCUGCUUGAGCACCUCCAGUGACAGGGAGCUCACCCCUUCCUCAGGAGCUGUUUCCAGCUUUAGGCACCUCCCUGAGACGGCGGGGAAGCCAGUGCCGGCCCCCAGGACCCAGCUGACUCCCAGGCCCCAGCAGCCUCGCAGCGCCGCGCACAGGGCCGGUCUGCCCCCAACUAGUCCUCACCUCUGUGCUCCCCCCCACCAGGCCUCACCUCUGUGCUCCCCCAACUACAUGAAGGUUCUGGGUAGGAGGCUCCGCAUGGGGCAACCUGGGUGGGCUUUGACUGCCCCCCCCCCCGACUGAGCCCCUCCCAAGUCGGUCAUCUCCUUGCUCUCUGCCGUGGGGUCCUGGGAGGACAGCACGGGGGAAGCCUGGUGGCCGGCGAGAGAGGCAGCAGGGGCAGGAAGGGGGGGCACCCAGAGAGGGGACACACUAACACAGGGCAGUCCUGGCCAGGGGACAGAAGUGGGGCCAGGCUCCUCAGCCCGCUGCUCCCUGUCACUGAGGAGAUAAAAUUGGCUAUUUAUAGGAAAUCAGAGGACAACAGACACAGGACAGAGGCGCCUGCCCUGGGUAGGCAGGCCGGGUGUGUGAGAGGGACGCGUCACCGCCAGGGGCGCUGCCACCAAAGCAGGGGUCCAAGGGGAGGGGAGGGACCUGGAGAGGAACACACAAUGGUGGAGGGGGGCGGGGCAUCCCGAGCAGCCAAGAAUGUUCCAGAAGCCCCGACCCUCCCAGGAACAGCCAGGGCUGGACAGAGGCGGCUCCGUGCCUGACGCCAGGCCAGUCCCAAAACGCAGGCGCGUGGCUCACCAUGCCCUCGCUUGAAAGAGGUCACAGCGGAGUUGACGAGGGUAGACGGCGCAGGAGAAGACACAGUGGCUGGGCACCUAGGGUGUGCGGGCGGCACUCUCGCACCAUCGGAGCCGAGACAGAUCCAACACUGCCCCCACCCUUGAGGAGCUCCUGGCCGUCAGGGCACCCAACGCGGAGGCAGGUGGCCCAGCUCAGCCCAGGAGGCCCAAGGGAGGAUGGGGACCCCGCAUGGGAAGAACCUGGAAGGCUGCCUGGAAGGGGUGAUGUUUGGUCUGGAUAAGGGAACCACAGUGAGGAGGGGGUGGAGGCUCCGAAGUCAAGAGGUCAGCAUCCUCGUGGGCUCAGGACUGAGCUCCGAGCCCGGGAUGAAGACGUGCAAGGUAAGCCCUGCCCCGUGGCCGGGGUCGGUGCUCAGCCUCCCGGAGGCGGCCUCGAAGGGUAGUGCCCAUCGGGUGAUGGGGCUCGAAGGCCAAGAGCAGCGGCUCACACCCAGCUUCUGCCCCUCACGACCCCGUGACCAGAGCAAGUAGGUGACCUCUCUGCGUCUCAGCGGGGUGCCGACACUGGGUCACCGGGAAGGUCAAAUGGCACGCGGGGCCAUCGCGCCAUUGGCACGCUAAGGCUGCGUCGCCAACGGCCACGUCGCGCUAUUGCUCACACACCUGGGUGGCCGGCAAGGUGGCUCCGCCGAUCCCGGUCAGCCCACCCGUGCGUCUGGGGGUGGCUGGUGGGGACAGGGUGGCAGGUGAUACGGACACGGGGAGGCGUGAAGAAUUAGGCCCAUCUGAGAAUAGAGGCCAAGUGCACGGCCGCGCGGCACAGAGAGCAGCCCGUCCAGGACAGGUGAUCCUGAGGCUUCAUUCAUUCUUCCCUUCAGUAUGCAAUUACGGAGCACCUACUGUGUACCGACACGCCAGACACAUCGAGACGUGUCCCCUCCUUGGAGAAUGAGUCAUUCGCAGUCUCAACAGGAAAGAGGCAACGCCCCAAAAUAGAGUAAUCCAAGGGGCGUGCCUACAAAGGAGCCAUUUCCAAGAGAGGGUGUAAGGACCCACAAGGGACAGCAAAGCUGGCAACACAUGGUGGCCCCUGGGAUGAGGAGGGGCUGUACGGACACCUGCCAGGGCCUGGAGAGGGGCCUCCAGUAGAGGGACCUCUAGCCUGAGGUGACUCCAUAGGAGGGAGCUGGGGCACGUGUGCCGACCCCACACUCCUCCCUUCCCCUGCGGGGCUCCUCCUUGGCUGAAUGGCCAGAAAACCCGAUGCAGAGAGCCCAGGGACAAAGUCCAUACACGUCAGCCCAUGGAGGGAGCAGGGAAAGGAGGGUAUAGCAGAGACGUGGGGAAGGAGGGGGGCAAAGGGAGAGGUGGCCACUGACCCACCAGUCCAGACGCAGUCCAGUGUGCAGUGAUAAGACGCCAGGGGAGCACAGGGAAGGGGACUAUCAUUGCCCUCGCGAUGGGGGAGACUUCUCAGGAAGGUCAAAACCUCCAAGGACAAACAGAAGGUGGGAGGAAAGGGACCCCGCCCCGAGGGGCAGGUAGGUGCCGCUGGAGGUCAGAAGCUGGGGCAGUGUGGGGCUGGGGGCUGCUGGGACCCAUGAGGGACCAAUGAGGUCAGCUAAGCCAGGCUCUGGUGACCCACCUUACGGCCUUAAAGCGAUUAGAGUCAGGCUGUGGGCAGUGGGGGACCGUUGGUGGCAUUUGAUAGAAUAACAACCUGUGUUGAUCCUUUUCUUAUCUCAAAAGUUAUCCUUUCGUUACAUAAACUUUAGAAAACAGUUCAUCAUAAAGAAGAAAAGAGCAAUCACUCCAUCUCACCACCCCAGGAAAAGCCAUGGUUACCAUUUUGGUAUCUGCCUUUCUAGUCCCUCUUCUCUACAAACGCAGCAGGCUCGGGGUUUAUAGGCUAUCGUCAAUUGUGCAAAGAAUCUCCUUGUUUUCUGUAGCAACGUACCUCCCUCCGGAGCCUCUGUUCUCCCUGCGGGGGUAAAGGAUGUGAUGCAUAGAGAUGGGAGCCAUGACAGACUGUUUGUGGGAUCCAGUGGAGAAGACUGAUGAUGCAUGGGAGGGAGAGGGGGGUCGCCAGAACAUGGUUGGGGAAGAAGGGUUAAGGUUUGUUGCUUGAGGGGGCGGACGGUUUUCGCCAGCACCACGGACAGUUCACCCACCUGCCAGGGAGAGAGGCCAGCGUCUGGGAAUGAGGCGGGUACAGAGGCAAAAUACGGGACUGGGGGUGGGGGGGCUCGAGGGAGUUCUCCUUGAUCACCACACCCUUCUCAGCACCUCUUCUCACCCCACGGCACUGCCUACUCGUUCUACUCUUCGGGAGGUUUUUUGAUUUCCAAUUUUUAAAAUUUGAAAUAAUUAUAGGGUCACAGGAAAUAGUACGUAGCUGCCCAGCUCCCCAAGCUACCCACUCGGUGCUAAGACCUGACUGUAGUACAGCAUCGAGACCAGGAAGAUGUUGUGUCCAUGGGUCCAGGUAUGGUCACCAGGCUACAGACCUCGUUCAGCCCCCACCAGCUUUCACAUGCCCUCGUGCGUGGGUGUGGUCUGUAAAUGUAUCCCAUGGGUGUGGAUCUGUGUUCUCACCACCACAGUCAAGAUACAGAACGACUCCUGCAGCCGUCUCCCGUGCCUCCAACUCUGUCCCUGUCCCCUGGCAACGCUAAUCUGUUCACCUCUGUCACUUUUAGAAUGUUAUGUAAGUGGGAUCAUGCACUAUGUAACCUUUGGAUAUUGGUUCUUUCACUGAGCGAAGGCUUUUGAGAUCCGUCCUGGCUCAUGUAUGUAUUUGUUAUGUUCCUUUUUAUUGCUGAGUAGUAUUCCACUGUAUAGAUGAUCUGCAACAUUUGUUUGACCAUUCACCUACUGAAGGACAUUUGGGUUGUUUCCAAUUUGAGGCUGCUACAAAUAAAGCUGCUGUGAAAAUCUGCA